AUGAUACCGUGGUCCAAGUACCUGUCCGGCCAAGGCUCUGAGUAUGACGAGCACCGGAGAGGAGCAAGUCUCCCCAAAACCUUUGCUGUGCCUGACUUUGUCGAUCCCGUCCAGUUGACCAACAACAACGGGCCGGCUGUUGGAACUGACGGGCUGCAGUCAGGGUGUCAUAUCGCCUCCCCCGGCUUCCAGAAGCCACAUGAGGAGAAACCUUCGAUCCAGAACUGA